UCUGGUUCCCAAACUCUUUUAGAAUAUUAAUUGCGGCGCUUAGCUGGCUUCCGGCGGGAUCACCGGGAAGGUCAAACCAACCAUAAAAUGAAAGUUUCUUAAAAUAUCUAAAAUCUUAAAAUUUCAAAUUAAUUUAAACAAGAUUUUCUCUGUCAUUUAUGCACAACGAUAAUUACUUGAUUUUGUCCUUAAUUCUUUCUCUUUUUUAAUUUUUGAAGUUUAGAGGAGAGAGAGAGAGAGAGUGACAGUGUUUUCUCAACCAUCUCAAUCUUCUCUCUCUAAUUUCAGUUCUAGUUUUAAGGACUAACUCCCUAAUGAUUUUCUCUGAGAUUAGUAAUUAGGAUUUUGUGAGAGAGAGAGAGAGAGAGAGAAGGAGAGAGGGAGGAGGGGUUGGUUAAUUAAUGUAUGUGAAGGUAGGAACCGUAUCUGUCUUUGUUCGAUAUCUGUCUCUGUCUUCUCCAAACCAUCUCUUAGGGUUUUAAUUCUUCUGCUUACAAAAUCUAGGGUUAGUUUUUCUUCUGUCAGUUGAUAUAUAUUAUUAUUAUGAUGAUGGUGUGUGAGAGUGGAAGAUGAGUGAAGAACAAUGGUGGAUCGAAGAAGCGCAUUGUGUUAUGUCUCAUCCUUCUUCUUCUUCUCUUUGUUACUCUUCGACUGUGUUGCCGUUGCGAAACCACGGACUCGAUUCGACGAGCUGCUCACUCUGCUUCGCCUCAGGUCCACUCUCGGUUUAAAAGGAACCGAUUGGCCAAUCAAAGGCGAUCCCUGUCGUGUCUGGAGAGGGAUACGGUGCGACGACAAAGGGAGCAUCGUCGGGAUCAACAUUUCGGGUUUCAAGAGGACGAGGAUCGGUAAGCAGAACCCUCAGUUCUCCGUUGAUCCCCUCCUUAACCUCACUCGCUUAGCUUAUUUCAACGCCUCUGGAUUCGCGUUACCUGGUCCCGUUCCCGAUUGGUUUGGUGUUAGUUUGACGACGUUGCGUGUCUUGGAUCUUAGUUCUUGCUCCGUCAAUGGUGUGCUCCCCGUUACACUCGGUAAUCUCACCAGCUUGGUGAGUUUGAACCUGUCUAGUAACGGUCUCACCGGUGCUCUUCCGAGCGGUUUAGGGGAGUUGUCGAGUCUUUCGGAGCUUGAUCUCUCUAGGAACACGCUCACCGGUGCUCUUCCUCCUUCUUUCAGCUCGUUGCUGAACCUGACGAGUCUUGAUGUUUCUUCCAAUUACCUAACCGGUCCAAUCCCUCCUGGUCUCGGAUUGCUGUCUAAGCUUCUCUACUUGAACUUCUCAAGCAAUAGCUUCUCCUCUUCUAUUCCUCCGGAGCUUGGAGAUCUUGUCAAUCUUGUCGAUCUUGAUCUCAGCAUCAACUCAUUGUCUGGUUCAGUUCCUCUGGAGUUUCGAAAGUUGACGAAUCUGCGGAACUUGGUGAUUAGUGACAACCUCAUGAGUGGAGCUUUGCCAGCUGAUCUGUUUGGUGCUAAUAGCCAGCUUCAGAGUUUAGUUCUUAGAGAAAACGGUUUCUCCGGUAACUUACCUGAUGCGUAUUGGUCUUUGCCUAAGUUACGGAUCCUCGACAUUGCUAAGAACAACUUCACUGGAAUGCUACCUAACUCUAGUUCUGGGAUCAAUGCAGAUGUGGUGGACAUCUCCUCGAACAUGUUCUACGGUCAGCUCACGAGGAUUCUCUCAAGGUUCAGUGCCAUGUACCUCUCUGGUAACUACUUUGAAGGUAAGGUUCCAGAUUACGUCCUCAGAGCAGUGAACGCGUCUCUUACCAGAAACUGUCUUCAAAACGAGAAGAGACAGAAGUCUUCUGAAGAUUGUUCGUCGUUCUACGCAGCUAAAGGGUUAGACUUUGACGAUUUUGGACGUCCUAACUCAACGCAACCUACUUCGGGAAAGGCUUCUUCAGGGUUAAGCCGCAGGACUGUGAUUAUAUUAGCAUCAGUCGGUGGUGGAAUUGGUUUUAUUCUGAUUUUCAUUCUCUUGCCUAUUCUUGUGGCUCUAUGGAUGCGUAGAAGAGGCAGAGAGGCGCAGAGAGGGGGCAGUGACAGGCCUAAACCUGUAACCGAAGCUUCUCAGCCACCUAAAGGAGCACAGACCUUUGAUUUGUCGCGUCUUGGGAAUGCGUUUACGUAUGAGCACCUUCUCCAAGCAACAGGGGACUUUAAUGACGCUAAUCUGAUGAAACGUGGACAUUCAGGUAGCUUGUUCCGUGGUUUCUUGGAUAACGGGACGCCCAUUGUUAUAAAAAAGAUGGAUACGAAGGAGGGUAAAAACGAAGGAGGGUAUAUAGCGGAGCUUGAGCUUUUGAGUAAAGCUGGACACCAGAGGCUGGUUCCAUGUCUUGGACACUGCUUGGAGAGUGAGGGACAGAAGCUAUUGGUGUACAAGUAUAUGAGGAACGGAGAUUUGGCUAGCGCUUUGUUUAGGAAGUCGGACAACGAAGGUGAUGGGUUGAAGUCUUUGGAUUGGAUUACGAGGUUGAAGAUUGCUCUUGGUGCAGCUGAGGGACUAGCUUAUUUGCAUCACGAGUGUUCUCCACCUCUUGUUCAUAGGGAUGUACAAGCAAGUAGUAUACUUCUUGAUGAUAAGUUUGAGGUACGUCUUGGAAGCUUAAGCGAGGCAUAUGCUCAAGGUGAUGCUUAUCAAAGCAAGAUUUCUCGUUUACUUCGUUUACCUCAAUCGACUGAAGCAUCCUCGUCAGGUGCAGCAAAUGCAACAUGCUCCUAUGAUGUCUACUGUUUCGGCAAAGUCUUACUUGAGCUAGUCACGGGGAAGCUUGGAAUCAGCUCGCCAGACAAUGCAGAAGCAAAAGCAUACAUGGAAGAAGCUUUGCAAUACAUCAGCACAAGCGAGAAGGAACUGGUGACCAAGAUCCUAGACCCGUCGCUAUUGGUAGACGAGGACCUUCUAGAAGAAGUAUGGGCGAUGGCCAUCAUCGCAAAGUCAUGCCUAAACCCAAAACCAACAAAAAGGCCGUUAAUGAGACACAUAGUGAACGCACUUGAGAAUCCGUUGAAAGUGGUGAGAGAGGAUACCAACUCGGGCUCAGGCUCUUCACGUUUGAGGACAAACUCGUCGAGAGGGUCUUGGAACGCUGCUAUAUUCGGGAGCUGGAGGCAAAGCGCGUCGGAUGCAACAGCUGUUCAAGCUGUAGGAACAACAAGUGGUGGUGGUGGUGGUUUGAUAAACUCGGGGUCGCAAGGGAGCAGUGGAAGGAAUAAUAACAACAAUGGGAACUCGUCUUCGAGAAGAAGGCAGUCUAGUGAGAUUGUGCCGGAACCUGCAGCUUAUGGGGAAGAUUUAUAGGAUAAAACAUUUUAUGAUUGGUUCAUCGAUUCUUUGUGUCGUUUAAUAACCGGAGAGGCAAAGAGAGUCCUCUCUGGUAGCAGCAUAGAAUAUGUUUUUUUUCAAGAUUAUCAUUUUUCUUCACUUUCCUUAUUUUAUUUUGUCUUUUUAAUUUUUUUUUUCUUUAAUUUUGGGUUAGGAUUGGCGGGGGUUAGAAUUGUAAUUCACAUUUUUCUAGAUCUUUGUAAAUUUUUAUUCUUGGAGAUUGAGUUUUCCUCGGCUGGUUAAAAGGGAAGAUUGGUUUCGUUUAAA